AAAUGUUUGUCUUCACACAUGCUGUUCGAAGCUGACAGUGAUGGCUCACCUCAAAUCAAAGGAAACGCUUUGUGUUUUAUACUUUCUUUUUUAACGUUUCUUGUUGGAGGCUGCUGCUCGUGGGGAAUAAAAUAUCGUGACCACCAUCGAAAGUCAUCUUCUUUAAACAUUGUCUUUGGUGUAUUAUUGCUUAUAUAUAUCUUCCAGCAUUUCAGGCCAUUUAUAACAAACAAACAAACAAACAAAAAAAGGUAGAAGCUCUCUACUUGAUUUAGAGACAUGGCAGGUGAUGCAGAAACACAAACAUCAAGCACCAAACGCCAUGGUGGAGGUUGGAUCACCUUUCCAUUUAUGAUAGCGACGUUGUUAGGCCUGACAAUAGCUGCGUGGGGAUGGUUACUAAACUUGAUCGUCUACCUGAUUGAAGAAUUCAACGUGAAGAGCAUCGCAGCAGCUCAGAUUACCAACAUUUUCAGUGGCUGCAUCUGUAUGGUUCCAGCCAUUGGAGCCAUUGCUGCUGACUCUUUCUUUGGAACCAUCCCUGUUAUCUCAGUUUCUGCUUUCGUUGCUCUUGUCGGCGUAUCUCUGCUGACACUAACAGCUGCGCUUGACUCCUUAAGACCCAACCCCUGUGACACUGCUUCAAGCCUAUGCCAAUCACCUUCGAAAAGCCAGCUCGGUGUUCUUUAUACGGCCAUAACUCUAGCCUCUAUAGGAACAGGUGGGACACGGUUUACUUUAGCAACCGCUGGUGCGAACCAGUACGAGAAAACUAAAGACCAAGGCAGCUUUUUCAACUGGUUUUUCUUCACAACGUAUCUAGCCGGAGCUAUAAGUGCAACCGCCAUUGUGUAUUCUGAAGACAACGUCAGCUGGACCUUUGGGUUUGGUCUGUGCGUAGCUGCUAAUUUCUUCAGCUUUUUGGUUUUCAUCUUAGGGAGAAGAUUCUACAAGCAUGACAAGCCCUUAGGAAGUCCCUUCACAAGUCUACUUCGCGUCAUUUUCGCCGCGGUAUUCAAAAGAAAAGCUGUGGUUUCCACCAACGAAAAGGACUACCACAGUGAAUCACUCUCAAUGCCCACAAAUAGUUUGAGGUUCUUUAACCGUGCAGCGUUGAAACAAGAAGACGAGGUUAAACCAGAUGGCACAGUUCACAAUCCGUGGAGACUAUGCAGCGUUCAACAAGUGGAAGAUUUCAAAGCAGUCAUAAGAAUCAUCCCUCUUGCGUUAGCCAUAAUAUUCUUGAGCACUCCAAUCGCGAUGCAGCUAAGCUUAACAGUUCUUCAAGGUCUAGUGAUGGACCGGAGGCUUGGUCCUAACUUUAAAAUCCCUGCAGGCUCUCUACAAGUCAUCACACUUCUCUCCACUUGCUUAUUUAUUAUGGUCAACGAUCGGCUUCUCUACCCAUUUUACCAAAGGUUAACGGGGAAGUUUCUCACACCGCUCCAACAAGUCGGUAUAGGCCAUGUUUUCAACAUUCUAAGCAUGGCUGUGACUGCCAUUGUUGAAGCAAAGCGAUUGAAGAUAGUAGAGAAUGGUCAUUUCCUCGAGUCAUCUUCUAUUGCUGACAUGUCUGUCCUAUGGCUAUUCCCUCCACUAGUCAUAGUAGGAAUCGGAGAGGCUUUCCAUUUCCCAGGGAAUGUAGCUCUGUGCUAUCAAGAGUUCCCAGAGUCUAUGAGGAGCACCGCAACGUCCAUUACAUCGGUGGUGAUUGGGAUAUGCUUUUACACAAGCACUGCUCUGAUCGAUCUGAUUCAGAGGACCACCGCGUGGUUACCAGAUGACAUAAACCAUGGAAGAGUUGACAACGUUUACUGGGUGUUAGUCAUUGGAGGAGUCUUGAAUCUCGGCUAUUUCCUCGUGUGUUCUUGGCUUUACAAAUACAGGAAUCUCGAGGAUGAUGGUCACGAAAAAGAUGUUGCGGUUUCACACUCUACUACUUUGUCCUCAUGAUCUUAUAAGAUGAAGAGUGAGAGAGACAGAGAACAUGUUAUUUGUUGUCGGUAUCUUCUAGUGUUCUGUAAUUGUGUGAAAGUAUCUUCACUUUGUAGCCACUGAAAAGUUUAUAUAUUUUGCUUUAUUUCUUCUUC